UGCAUUGAAUGAGUCUAAUUUUUGAAUUGACGAAAAAUGACGGGCCAAUCACAGCGUGCUUCCUUAUGGCCAGACUCUGAUCAGAGUGUCUUUACCUAACAUCGCAGCGACUGCGUUCUAAUAUUCUCCCUGCCAAUACGGAAAAUCUAUAAUUUAAGUACACCAUAGAUUUUCAGUAUUGACAGUCACUGGCAGUAAAUACCGGAACGUGGCCAGCAUUUCUGCGUCAGUGUUAAAAAACACAUUUAUUUAUUAAUCGGCUGUUUCCGUAAGUUCCUCCAAUAGAAACAUUGCAAUUGAGCUUGUGUUUGAGUUAGUUCCACGAAAUGUUCGUGUAGUCUCUGUCUUGUUCUUUAAUAUUAGCUGUGACAGUUCCCAUCAUUUCGAUCGGCCAUUGUUUCUUUUAUUUGACAAAGGAAUUAACACAUAUAUGUUCUUAUUUUUAAUUAACCAACGACAAUGUCAUGCAAAGGAGAACCUAAUUCCAGUAAUGACAAAUUACUAUUACUAUUACACAGUGCCGGAGAUAAGAGAAUUUCUCCGAAUAUUACAAGAAUAUAAACAUGUGGUGAGAUCAAAGGAAGGCUAUGGUAUAAAAGAACAAGAUUGCAUCUGGAGCGAAAUAUGUAUCAAGUACAAUCAAUCACCUUUAAUUCGUCAAAAGAGUACUGUCCAACAAUUACAAAAGUUAUGGACAAGCAUAAACCAAAGAAAAGUUUUAACAAGGGGGAAACAGGCACGCGUGACAACUGACCAAAGACUAUUGGAAGAAAUAAAACCAAAUAUUGUUAGAACAUAUGAAUAUUUUCUUAAGGUUCUAGCAGUUGUAAUGACAUUAUGUUGUUUUCUUUUUAUCAUAUAUGCUAUUGGUAUUCUUAAAAUAUUUUAUUUACGUGAGCCCGGUUAUUCUUUUUACUCUGUACCUGAGAAUGAAUAUUUAUUCCUAAAUAGUUUAUAUCAUUUUGCAUUUACUUUCUUUCUCUUUGGUUCCUUACUUGGUCUUUUUCUUGUUGGUUUUCACUAUUAUUUCCUUAAUCCGUCCCGUAAGAACGAAGCGCCAAUUAAAGGUAUAUCUAUCACAACGAAGAAAAUUAAUAAAGAAAUUAUGACUCCAUGCACAGAAAUAUCAAAAGAAUAUAUUAAAUAUAUGAAACUGAAUCAACCAAAUCAAAUAUCAAGUACAUCAAAAAGUGAACAAUUGGAUAACGUAUAUAGCAUGAAACAAAAACUAAAAGAAACAGAAUUAUUGAAGAUUAAGGUCAUUAAUUAAAAAUUACGGUUAGAACAUAAAAUUAAAUAAUCAUAUGGAAA